AAUGAUUAAAGAAUAUGACUAUUUGUUUAAGUUAGUGAUUGUGGGUAAUUCAGGUGUAGGCAAAUCAUCCUUAUUAUUGCGAUUUUCAGAUGAUACUUUUAGUGAUUCUUAUUUAACUACAAUUGGUGUGGACUUCAGAUUUAAGACUUUAGAAAUUGAUGGGAAAAAGGUAAAGUUGUAAAUAUGGGAUACAGCUGGAUAAGAAAGAUUUCGUACAAUAACAAGUGCAUAUUAUAAGGUAUAAGAUGAAUUUGAAUAAAGGGUGCUGAUGGGAUUGUGAUGGUAUAUGAUGUGUCUUCAAUUGGAUCAUUUGAAGAUAUUGAUAGAUUUUGGAUUAAUGAAGUAGAUUCAUAUGCAGAGAAGAAUGUUGAAUUACUAUUGUUAGGAAAUAAGAGUGAUAUUGAAGAUAAAGCGUAAGAUUAUCAUAUAUUCUUAUUUUAGUGUUACAACACAAAAGGCAUUAGAUUAUGCAGCCAUAAGAAGGAUGGCACAUAUGGAAGUUAGUGCAAAGACAGCAGAUUAAGUAUCUAAAGCUUUUAUUUCACUUGCUAAGAAACUAAUUGCAAAAAAAGAUUCUCAAGGAUUAAAAGGUUAAGGGUAAUAAUAUUAUUAAUUUAUAUAUAAGACCAUAAAGAAGUCAAUAAACACCAGGUUAGAAAAUUGGUUAAUAAACAGAUGAUAACAAAAAGGACAAGGAUAAGUGUUGUUGA